CGUCUUGCGUCACUCUCUUGGUUCCGCCCCCUCUCUUCCGCGAAUGCCCGGAUGGGCGCGUUGCGUUUAAAUAGUGGGCGUUUUCACAGUGCAAGACGCCGGGAGGAGGAGAAGGAGAGGAGGCUGCGCGCCAUUGAUGGACGAAUAACGUUUUUCCCCAUCCUGCCGUUGUGAAUUUUUAUUUUUCACUCUUCUGGGAGGAAGCUAGCCAGAUAAAAUGUCGAAGGACGAGGACAAAGGGAUCCCUGUGAAGGUGGCCCUGAGGUGUCGCCCACUUGUUCCUAAAGAGAUUGCGGAGGGAUGCCACGUGUGCUUGUCUUUUGUCCCUGGAGAACAGCAGGUAAUCCUAGGGAAGGACAAAUCUUUCACAUAUGAUUAUGUUUUUGACCCUUCUACUGAGCAAGAGGAAGUUUUUAACACUUGCAUCGUUCCCCUCAUAAAGGGAAUUUUUAAAGGAUACAAUGCCACUGUUUUGGCCUAUGGACAGACGGGGUCUGGGAAAACAUAUUCCAUGGGAGAAGCCUACAUAGCCAACCAAGAGAACGAUCCCAUCGUUGGAGUCAUCCCCCGAGCGAUAAAAUUUCUCUUCCAAAAAAUACAAGAGAAAACGGACUGGCACUUUUCCUUGAAAGUCUCUUAUUUAGAGAUCUACAAUGAAGACAUCUUGGAUCUCUUGUCGCCAGCCAAAGAUAGGACAUCUCAAAUCAGCAUUCGCGAAGAUCCCAAGGAAGGCAUAAAGAUCGUGGGACUGACAGCACAUGAGGUGACUAAUGCCCAAGAGACAGUCUCCUGCCUGGAGCAAGGAAAUAACUCCCGAACGGUUGCUGCCACAGCUAUGAACACCCAGUCGUCACGCUCUCAUGCCAUCUUCACCAUAUGCAUUGAGCAGAAAAGCAAGAGUGACAUGAACACCAGCUUUCACUGCAAACUGCAUCUGGUAGACCUGGCAGGUUCUGAAAGGCAGAAGAAGACCAAAGCAGAAGGGGAUCGACUCCGGGAAGGUAUCAAUAUUAAUAAAGGGCUUCUCUGCCUGGGGAAUGUCUUCAGUGCUCUUGGGGAUGAAACCAAGAAGGGCAGUUUUGUCCCUUAUAGGGAUUCCAAGCUAACCCGUCUGUUGCAAGAUUCCUUGGGAGGCAAUAGCCACACUUUGAUGAUUGCCUGCGUGAGUCCAGCUGAUUCUAAUCUGGUGGAGACGUUGAAUACCCUUCGCUAUGCUGACAGGGCCAGAAAAAUAAAGAACAAGCCAAUAGUGAAUAUUGACCCACAGGCUGAAGAGAUCAACCGGUUAAGAACGCAGGUUCAAGAGUUGCAGGUUUUAUUGCUACAGGCCCACGGAGGGACACUCCCAGUUUCUAUUGGGGAGCCCUCAGAAAGCUUGCAGUCUCUGAUGGAGAGGAACCACUUCCUUACAGAGGAGAAUGCAAAACUCAGCCGCAGCCUGAGCGAAGCAGCAAGUCAGAUUGCUCAGGUGUUGGAGAGUUGCAUUGCGGCGGAGCAGCAGAAUGAAAAGAUCAACGCCAAACUUGAGGAGCUGCAGCAGCACCCAGUAACAAAACUCAACCUGCAGAAGUUACUUGAGACUCUGGAGGACCAAGAACUAAAACAGCUGGUGGAAUUAUUUUGUCAGCUGCAGGAACUGAUUACUCGCUUGACGAAUGAAAAUGCUAAUGGUGAUGCUGACAUGGAUACAUCUGACCAGGAUUCUUGUUAUAAUAGUGCUGUUUCAGAAGCUGAUCUGGAAGCCCAACGAUCCUCUGAUGAGUAUGCGACCCAGCAUGCCCUUCACCAGGCUCAGAUGUCAAAAGAGCUGCUGGAGCACAAUAAAGCCCUGACUCUGAAGAAGGCCUUGGCGAGGAAGAUCUCUCAGAAUGACAGCCAGCUGGAGCCCAUACAGAGGCAAUACCAGAGCAACAUUAAGAAUUUGGAAGAAGUAGUUUCCAAACUGCAGAAGGAGAAAGAAGAGCUGAUCAUGGCACUUCACAUGUCCAAAAAGGAUGCCAACCAAGCAAAGCUGAGCGAGCAGCGUCGAAGGCGACUUCAGGACCUGGAAAGAGAAAUGACAGAUCUGAAGAAGAAACUGAAAGACCAGUCAAAGCUCCUGAAGAUGAAAGAAUCCAGUGAGCAGACAGUGCGCAAACUAAACCAAGAGAUCCGGACAAUGAAAGUCCAGCGUGUUCAGCUCAUCCGGCAGAUGAAAGAAGAUGGUGAAAAAUUCAGACAGUGGAAGCAGCAGAAGGAUAGGGAAGUUAUCCAGCUGAAGGAGCGGGAAGCCACUGCUAACAAACGCUUGAAGAUUGCUCUGCAGAAACAGCAAGAACCUGCCAGCAAACGGAAAGAGACCUCGAACCGCGGAGUCGAGGGACUUGCUGCCCGUGUGAAGAACGAUCUUGCGAAUGAAAUUGAGUUCCUUGUUAGUAUUGAAGAAGCUCAGCACCACCUCAACGACCUUCUAGAAGACCGUAAAAAAUUGGCCAAGGAAAUCACAUCACUUAAAGAAAAGCAGGAGGCAGGGGAGAACCUUUCCGCAAAAAAAAAGAGGCGCACCUUCUCGCGCAAUGAUGCAGAUAUGAACUAUUCCCUCGCCAACCAAAUUCGGAGCCUGGAAACAGAGGUGGAGCUCAGGAGUGCCCAAAUUGCUGAUCUCCAACAGAAACUGCUGGAUGCCGACGCAGGAGACCGCACCAAGCAUCGCUGGGGGAGCAUCCACACCCUCCCAGAAGCCAAUUGUGCGAUCAAGCACCUGAUUGGCGAGCUUACCUCCUCCAAAGUAGAGUAUAGCAAACUGGAGAACCGCCUCAAGCAGAGCAAAACCUCAUGCGCCAACCUGCACAAAAUGCUGACAGAGAAACAGAAAGUAGCCACCGAAAUGGAAGCAGAGUACAAAAGCCAGCUAGUCAAGAUGGAGCAGGAGCACCAAGAGAAGGAGGGGACACUCAUGGAGGGGCCAACAGGAGAUGCCAAGGACCUGGAAGACCCCACGCUGGUGGCAGCAGGGGACACUUUCUUUGCGCCCCCAGAGGUCACUCCCAAGAGGAAGGCAUUGGAAGAAACUCCUGAGGAAGAGCCGGAGGCAAAUGGCACCUCCGUCUUCCUCAACCCAAGUGACUUAAACGCUGGUGGGAAUCCAGUGCUGUUGGGAAAGAGGAAGCGGUUGUUCUCCGGCUGCACCCUGAUCAAGGAGGGCUUCUGAGCCGAAGGAAGAGAGGACCCUUCAUCCUAGAAUUGGCUCGAUCCUGUACUCAAGGCAGGCCCAGUCUUUUGUUAGUUUUAUAGCAUGUACAUUUUUUUCUUGAAUCAAUAAAAUUUACAGCAGGUGAAAUACACGUUUUUACUUUUUUGGUUGUUUUUCACGAACAUACAUUCCAGCAGGCUGAGUUUAUGGAAAGAAUAAGAUGAAAUUUUCCUAGAAACGGCCUUAGAAUAUG